ACGCGCCGCCUGGGCUGCGUGCGCUGGCGCACGGGAGAGCCGCCGGCGAGGCGAGCGCCCGGCGCGGGCCCCUGGCGGGCGGGCGGGGCACCCCAUGUCCGACGCUCGGACCUGAGCUACGAGGGUUCGAGUCCCGCCCCCACCCUGGGCGGAGCCGGGGGCGGCCUCGUGGCGGUGCACCCGCCCUCAGCGCCUCUCGUGUGCCUGGCCCAAGGCGAGGUGGCCCUCGUAGGUCCGAGUCCAGGCAGAGGACGGGCCGGACGAUGAGUGACAAGCUGGACAACGAAGGCCCUGGGCCCACGGAGGGCUGCGGCCAGGACAGCGGCAGUGCCCCGGGCAGCCCCGCAGCCGCGGCCCCCCAGGAGAAGGAGGAGGAAGAGGGGGCUGGGGCGGCUGCAGAGCCCGGGGCUCAGCCUGGGCUCUACGGCUACAUCAGGGACGGCUUGUUCACCUCGGAGAUCUUCAAGCUGGAGCUGCAGAACGUGCCCCGCCACGCCAGCUUCAGCGAUGUCCGGCGCUUCCUGGGCCGCUUUGGCCUCCAGCCCCAUAAGACCAAACUCUUCGGGCAGCCUCCUUGCGCCUUUGUGACAUUCCGCAGCGCAGCUGAGCGGGACAAGGCCCUGCGUGUGCUGCAUGGUGCCCUUUGGAAAGGCCGGCCGCUCAGCGUGCGCCUGGCCAGGCCCAAGGCUGACCCCAUGGCCAGGAAGAGGCGGCUUGAGAGUGAGGGGGAGCCACCCGCCACUUGUGUCGCUGAUGUAGUGACCCCUCUUUGGGCCGUGCCCUACGCAGAACAGCUUGAGCGGAAGCGGCUAGAGUGCGAGCAGGUGCUGCAGAAGCUGGCCAAGGAAAUUGGGAGCACCAACCGCGCCCUGCUGCCCUGGCUGUUCUCGCAGAGGCACAAGCACAACAAGGCCUGCUGCCCGCUGGAGGGGGUCAGGCCGUCGCCCCAGCAGGCCCUGUGGGGCAACCAGGCCUCUCGGUCACCGCCAUCUCUCCCUCACUGUGGGGUUCCCUCCGCGAACGAGUGCUUGACGGCCAGGAUAAGGUCAGCAUAUCUCUGCCUUCCUUUGCCCUCCCUGCAGACUGAGUAUCGUAAUAAGUGUGAAUUUCUGAUCGGCGUCGGGGUGGAUGGGGAGGACAACACAGUUGGCUGCCGCCUCGGCAAGUACAAGGGUGGGACGUGUGCUGUAGCCGCCCCCUUUGACACGGUGCACAUCCCCGAGGCCACCAAGCGGGUGGUGAAGGCCUUCCAGGAGUUCAUCCGGUCCACUCCAUACUCGGCAUACGACCCAGAGACAUACUCGGGCCACUGGAAGCAGCUGACUGUGCGCACCAGCCGCCGUGGCCAGGCCAUGGCCAUUGCCUACUUCCACCCCCAGAAACUGAGCCCUGAGGAACUGGCAGGGCUGAAGGCCUCCUUGGCGCACCACUUCAUGGCAGGACCGGGCAAGGCCAGCGGGGUGACCUGCCUCUACUUCGUGGAGGAGGGACAGCGGAAGACUCCCAGCCAGGAGGGCCUGCCCCUGGAGCAUGUGGCUGGGGACCGGUGCAUCCACGAGGACCUGCUGGGGUUGACUUUCCGGAUCUCUCCUCACGCCUUCUUCCAGGUGAAUACCCCAGCAGCCGAGGUGCUCUACACCGUCAUCCAGGACUGGGCCCAGCUUGACACAGGGAGCACGGUGCUAGACGUGUGCUGCGGCACUGGCACCAUUGGCCUGGCCCUGGCCCGGAAGGUGAAGAGAGUCGUGGGGAUUGAGCUGUGCCAGGAGGCCGUGGAGGAUGCCCGGGUGAACGCCCGCGACAAUGAGCUGAGCAACGUUGAGUUCCACUGUGGGAGGGCUGAGGACUUGGUGCCCACCCUGGUGAGCAGACUGGCCUCCCAGCAGCUCGUUGCUGUCCUGGACCCACCCCGCGCCGGCCUGCAUUCCAAAGUGAUCCUGGCCGUCCGCAGAGCUGAGAAUCUCAAGCGGCUCCUGUACGUCUCCUGCAACCCCCGGGCGGCCAUGAGCAACUUUGUGGACCUCUGCAGGGCCCCGUCUAACCGGGUGAAAGGCACUCCCUUCCGGCCUGUCAAGGCUGUAGCCGUGGAUCUGUUCCCACAGACCUCGCAUUGUGAGAUGCUCAUCCUAUUUGAGAGAGUGGAGCAAUCCAAUGGCUCAGGGGCCCCGGAGCCCCAGGAUUCUACAGCCCAGCCCCCACCAGGGCCCCCAGAUGACACCCUGCAGGGAAGCGGGGUCUCCCCCUCUCCCUAGGCCUGUGGAGCAGCGGAAACCAGCCCUUCCAGAACAGGGCCCAGUUUGCAUCACAGGAGCAGCAGCCCAGGGGCUCCCUGAGACCUUGCCUUACCCCAGGACGCUGAGCCACCAACCAUGGAGGGCAUGAGACCUGGC